CAAGGCUGGUAGCUGAUCUGAGAGAUCUCCCACACGGCAUGUGACCCCAGGGCUGGGAAGGAGGCAGCCCCACCGGAGCCCUUUGGCUGCGUCCGUGUGGGGGCCCAGGCUGUGACGGAAUGAUGCUCAGAUGUUGCCCUGGGACCCUGCUAUGGCGAGACGCCCUUGGGGUGUCUCAAAGCUGCGGGUGGAUCUGGGUUUGAACCCUGUCUCUGCUACUUUGACAGGUGACUUCACACCUCUGAGGCUUAAUGCUCCUGUCUGCACGAAGGUGAUGCUGAUGACAAUGAGCCGUGUGGGGCCUGGUGACCCCUGCCUUCCCUGCGGCCCCCUCCUCCACCCCGCGUGGCCCCUCCCCCUCAGGAGCAGCAGUCUCCUCCCCAUCCCCCAGCUCCGCGCUAGGCUGCUGCGUCUGGUCUGGCAGCUACAGGGAGGGAGCAGCCGCCUGCCGCAGCCCUGUCCAGAUCCGGCGCUGAGGGCCGUGGGAUCCCAGCCCUGCUCUGCCAGCGCUGACGGUUAGCAUCCCCACAGUCUUGGCUCCCACGGAGGUCGCUAAGGUACCAGGUGGCUUUGCACGCAGGGAGGUGGCAUGGAGUCCCUCUUCCCUGCCCCAUUUUGGGAGGUCCUCUACGGCAGCCACCUGCAGGGCAACCUGUCCCUCCUGAGCCCCAACCACAGCCUGCUGCCCCCCAACCUGCUGCUCAAUGCCAGCCACGGCGCCUUCCUGCCCCUUGGGCUCAAGGUCACCAUCGUAGGGCUUUACCUGGCCGUCUGCAUUGGGGGACUGCUGGGAAAUUGCCUCGUCAUGUAUGUCAUCCUAAGGCACACCAAGAUGAAGACAGCCACCAACAUUUACAUCUUCAACCUGGCUCUGGCGGACACUUUGGUGCUGCUGACGCUGCCCUUCCAGGGCACAGAUGUCCUCCUGGGCUUCUGGCCAUUUGGAAAUGCCCUGUGCAAGACAGUCAUUGCCAUCGACUAUUACAACAUGUUUACCAGCACCUUCACGCUGACCGCCAUGAGCGUGGACCGCUACGUAGCCAUCUGCCACCCCAUCCGCGCUCUCGAUGUCCGGACGUCCAGCAAGGCCCAGGCCGUCAACGUGGCCAUCUGGGCUCUGGCGUCUGUCGUGGGUGUUCCUGUCGCCAUCAUGGGCUCGGCGCAGGUCGAGGACGAAGAGAUUGAGUGUCUCGUGGAGAUCCCCGCCCCACAGGACUACUGGGGCCCCGUGUUUGCCAUCGGCAUCUUCCUCUUCUCCUUCAUCAUCCCCGUGCUCAUCAUCUCCAUCUGCUACAGCCUCAUGAUCCGGCGGCUGCGUGGCGUCCGCCUGCUGUCCGGCUCCCGGGAGAAGGACCGGAACUUGAGGCGCAUCACGCGGCUGGUGCUGGUGGUGGUGGCGGUGUUCGUGGGCUGCUGGACGCCCGUCCAGGUCUUCGUGCUGGUCCAAGGGCUGGGCGUUCAGCCGGGCAGUGAGACCGCAGUGGCCAUUCUGCGUUUCUGCACGGCCCUUGGCUACGUCAACAGCUGCCUCAACCCCAUCCUCUACGCUUUCUUGGACGAGAAUUUCAAGGCCUGCUUCCGAAAGUUCUGCUGUGCUCCUGCCCUACGCCGGGAGAUGCAGGUGUCCGACCGUGUGCGCAGCAUUGCCAAGGAUGUGGCCCUCGCCUGCAAGACCCCCGAGACAGUACCACGGCCCGCAUGACUAGGCGUGGACCUGCCCAUGGUGCCCGUCAGCCCACAGAGCCCGUCCACACCCAACACGGAGCUCACCCAGGUCACUGCUCUCUAGGCAGACGGCAACCUGAGCCCUGAGCGUCGCCGGACUCACAGACUUCACCGUGGCUUCCGAGGGCCCGGUGACAUCAUGGGACAGGUCAGACUACAGCCGCCCUCCGGGUUCAGGGCGGAGAGGGGACGCGAGGACCCGCCGGUGAGCGUGCGCGACCAGAGCGCACGCCAACUCUCCUACGCGCCUCGGGACCCUUCCGGCCUCUGCCCCGCCGCGCCCUGUGCGCUCUUGGCGCGCACACGCCUCGAGGCGUAACAGCAGCGUGCCCACCCCGUGCGCCUGUGCGGCGCGCCGUCUGCCGUCUGCGGGGAGCCCUGCCGCGUCUCCUUGGGCUUGGAGCCGACCGGCGGGCUGGCAAGGCGUCCGCGGGCAGCGGGGCUUGGAGCCUGCGCCUCAGCUGCUCCCCUUCCCGUCCCCCACCCGCCUCUCAGAGGCUUUUCCCUCCAGAAGCGCCAAGAACUGUCAGCCUCGGCGCGUGCGGAGGCGGCUCAGAAGGCCUGUGGGCUGCUUGAUCGCCUCAGGCCGCCGUUUCUUUUUCAAAAUGUCUUCUUUAAAAAUUGUGUUUCUCUUUUUAGAGAGAGAGAGAGGACGCAACGGGGGGAGAGGG